AUGUCACACGCCCACAAUAUAACACACUAUGCAGUCAGGCAAGAAAGGACUUUCCGACCUGCACACCUUCUACUAUCGCGGAACUUCAAUCUCACCAGGUCACGACGAUAUACUUCUCCACGCAUUAAAGAACCCAUCAUGACGACCGUGGGAAGGGCACAAGCAUUAGGCUAUAUGGCAGUCUGUAUGCACCGCCAGGGCAAGGAGCUGAAGAAGAAGGACUGCACCAUUUACGGCAUAGAACCGGAUUGGUAUAUAUUCGUCUUCCUGAAGAUCAACAACGAUUCCAAGGCCGGUUACGAUAGGUUAUCCUCAAGCACUCUCCGAUACGAGUUCUUACAGCCGGACAUCAAAACGUCCUUCACUCGCUCGUGGCUCUUCCAUCUCCUCUGA